AUGAGUACUAUCAACUCUACGGCGCUCACCAAGCGCAGCGCCUCGAGUGCGCUUAUGCCUCCGCCUCCCGCGCCAAAGCGAAUAAAACGCCCAUCUGUAGUACUCGACGAAGAUACGUACACUUCGGCCGUGUCGCACAUCAUACGCCGCGACUUCUUCCCCGGUCUUGCCGAAGCAGACGCACAGCGCGAAUACCUCAACGCUGUAGAAAGCAAGGAUAGGUCAUGGAUACGGGAUGCUGGGAAGAAACUCACGGUCGUCAUGACGCCUGUACCGCACGGGCGUAGGAAGGUUGCAGAUCGAACGAGGUUUGACAGAGCAGGGGGAAAUGGGGAGAAAACGCCAAGUGUGUGGGGAGCAGAUACACCGGUAACAGUAGCUGAGACUGAAGCUGGGGAAGAGGAAGAGGGCCUGGGAAAGUUGGACAACAUAGAUCUGGACUUGAGCCUCGGCGCCUUCCAGGCAAAGUACACUAGCGAAGAUCAAGAGAGCUUCAGCCAGAUUGUCGACAAGCAGAACAAGGCAAGAUUUGAAAAGAACACAUGGCUACGAGAGGGAAAUAUGUAUGCAAGCAAACAGCGCAUAGCACAGCAAAAGGUUAUCGAAGCAAGGGCUGCACGUUCAGAAUCGCAGCAGUUAGUGCUGAAUACACGACCAAGCCAGAACCUCGACGAUCGACCCGCAGCGCCCAAUUCGAAUAAGCACACUGCUUUCAACAGACUCAUGUUUGGUCCAGACUCCGUGGAGCAGUGGGCACCUACACGCGCUCAAGAAGCUGAGAAAGCCUCGCUCGCGCCCCCGAAACAGGUACUAUACAACAACACGCGUCUCCCAGCCGCAGACUCGGAACUAGUGCGCCCGCCUAGCCCGACACUCUCAGCAGUCCGCGAUGCCGUCGCAGGUCGUCCAAGGUUAAACCCCAGUGAAGGCGGAUACACAGGCAGUGAGACACCUCGAGUAAAAGGCUACGCGUUUGUCGAUGCCAACCCUCCAGAGCCAGAAGACGACGACGACGCACCCACCGAUCUUCUACAACGAUUCGGCGUGGAUAGUGCGAGUAAGGUGACGCCAUUUACCAUCAACGAGUCCUCUGCUAGAGAGAAGAUGCAUCACAAGAUGGUCGAGCAGAUUGGUGCCAAACGCUCCCAUCCUCACUCCAAUGCUGUUGGCAAGCCCCUUGGUUCGGGCCUGGGUAUAUUUACGUCAGAGACGCCGCGUUUCUUAUCAGCGCCCACGCCGGCUGGCCGGCUCCAGGGUGGACAGACGCCAGGCAGGAAGGUCAAUGGUGACUUGACGCCAGCGGCACAACGGUUGUUUGAGAGAAUGGGAGGUGGAACCCCCAAGCGAGUGGGCAAGAGAGGGUUUGGCGGGACUCGAUUAGGAAGCGAAUGGACGCCUACGUCGAGCAAGGCGAUGAGGAAGGCUUGA